CAAGAACUCUCUGAUUUUCUAUUCUUUUUGUUCCCUCUCUCUCUCUUCACGUGAUAAUUGACUUGUUAUGUAGCGGUGAUAAUUAUACUAUCAAGGUGAAGAAGUUCCAUAUUCUGCGUUUUAUUACAAAGCUGAAAGCUCAGAAAGCGCGUUCUGUAUUCUUCGUUGGUUACUGAUUUUUGGGUUAUCAUGGGAACUCAGUCUCAAACACCAAUUGAUAACAAUUAUCUCAAAAACGCUACUGAAGAGGAAUUACAGAGGCAGAAGGCAAUUAAUGAUUGGCUUCCAAUUACUUCUUCAAGGAAUGCAAAAUGGUGGUACUCUGCCUUCCACAAUGUCACUGCCAUGGUUGGUGCUGGUGUUCUUAGUCUCCCAUAUGCCAUGUCUGAGCUUGGAUGGGGUCCUGGUGUAACUGUACUAAUCCUGUCAUGGAUCAUCACCCUGUACACUCUAUGGCAAAUGGUUGAGAUGCAUGAAAUGGUACCUGGAAAACGUUUUGAUAGGUAUCAUGAACUGGGGCAGUAUGCCUUUGGGGAGAAGCUAGGACUUUAUAUAGUGGUGCCUCAACAACUUGUGGUGGAAAUUGGGGUGAACAUUGUCUAUAUGGUUACUGGGGGAAAAUCCUUGCAAAAGUUCCAUGACACUGUAUGUGACAGCUGCAAAAAGAUCAAGUUGACCUUCUUCAUUAUGAUCUUUGCCUCUGUUCACUUUGUACUGUCUCACCUGCCCAACUUCAACUCCAUUUCUGGUGUAUCUCUGGCAGCAGCAGUUAUGUCCUUGAGUUACUCUACAAUUGCCUGGGCAGCUUCUGCUCAUAAGGGUGUUCAAGAGAAUGUAGAAUAUGGUUACAAAGCUAAGAGUACAUCAGGAACAGUCUUUAACUUCUUUAGUGCCCUUGGGGAUGUUGCUUUUGCCUAUGCUGGACACAAUGUGGUGUUGGAAAUCCAAGCAACAAUUCCAUCUACACCAGAGAAACCAUCCAAGGGUCCUAUGUGGAGAGGAGUGGUUGUUGCUUACAUAGUUGUGGCUUUAUGCUACUUCCCAGUUGCCCUUAUUGGUUACUGGAUGUUCGGCAAUACAGUUGAAGAUAACAUUCUCAUCAGUUUAGAGAAACCAAAAUGGCUUAUUGCAAUGGCUAAUAUGUUUGUGGUGAUCCAUGUUAUUGGAAGUUAUCAGAUUUAUGCAAUGCCAGUGUUUGACAUGAUUGAAACUGUGAUGGUGAAGAAGUUGAACUUUAAACCUAGUAUGACACUUCGUUUUAUUGUACGCAAUCUGUAUGUGGCAUUCACAAUGUUCGUUGCUAUUACCUUCCCAUUCUUCGGUGGUCUCCUAGGAUUUUUUGGAGGAUUUGCUUUUGCACCAACAACAUACUUUCUCCCCUGCGUCAUGUGGCUUGCGAUCUACAAACCAAGGAGAUUCAGCAUGUCUUGGUGGGCCAACUGGAUCUGCAUUGUGUUUGGCCUAUUGUUGAUGAUUUUAUCACCAAUUGGAGGAUUGAGGUCAAUCAUAAUUAGUGCCAAGGACUACAAGUUCUACUCAUAAAUUCAUUCCUAACUGAGUCAAUGAUGGGAAUCUGAAGCAUGCAAUUGCAAAUACAAGAAGGGAAUGAAAGCUCAAUAAAAGUCAUAUGUGUUAUAGAAUCUGGUUUAUCUUAGGUCGCUGGGUGCUUUAACUAUAGAAUGCAAGAAUGCAUUGGUUGAGGAGGAUCAUCUGCAACUUGCUUGUUAGUGGAAAAGAAAAUUAUGAAAAGGGAAUUUUAUAUAUAUUUUCUUUGUCAAUUUUUACUUCACGACUCUUUGCUCUAUUUAAAGUGUUUGCUAUUAUAUUUAUUUGGUUCCACUGAAUUCACAUCAGAACCCCUCUACUAAUGACCUUGUUGUAUAGUUAUUGUAAUUUCUACUAGUCUUUCAUUCCUGUACUCUCGUUUGAACUAAGGGCGUUCAUAGAAUGACUUAGAAUGCGCUUACAUUUA